AGGCGAUCGCAAUAAACUUGGUUCCUGGGGUCCCUGCGGGGAAACUGUGGUCGCGGCAGCAAUAGCAUGACAGAGUUUCCGCCUAAUAUCCAGCCGCGCAUCCUUGGUUUACGGACCGGCGGGACACGAGCCCGUCACCUGCACAUCUCUGCUACCUAGGCUAGAUUGGGGUUGUCGGAACGUCCCACCUCUCGGCAACCUGAGAGGCGAUCCUCCCGGCCGACUCGUGACGUAAUGCGACGCAGUCGAACUCCAUCUGCGGGCUCGCCUUACCGCGCCCUGGCGCACCAUCAUGCCCAGCAUGGCGCAUCGUCCCAGACGGGCCAGCAGGCGCGCGACACUGUGUCGUCCGUUCUCAGGUCCUUCAACGUCGAGACAAACCCGACACGGCCUGUGCGCCCGUCGCCACUGACCGCUUCGACCAUCUCGGACAUGCCCCUGGAUCUGGUCGACCGUAUCAGAUCGUUUCCGCUCUUCAUGUCCGCGCCCGACGACUUUCUCGCCGCCAUUGGCGCCCAUCUGCGACUGCAGAUCAACUCUGCACACGACCACAUACUUAGCGAGGGGGAUGAGGCAAAGGCGAUGUACUGGCUGGUCCGUGGCGUCGUUGCUGUCACCUCUCGCGACGGGGAAGCGGUCUACGCACAGCUGAAACCGGGCGCCUUCUUUGGUGAGAUUGGCGUGCUGAUGGACAUGCCGAGAACGGCAACCAUCAUUGCACGCACAAAGUGCCUCCUGGUCGUCCUCAAGAAAGAGGACCUCCAGGCCGAGCUCCCCAAGUACCCGGAGAUGGAGAAGGCCAUCCGCCAGGAGGCGCAGGAGAGAUUGGCCAUUCUCCAGAAGAAGCGCCAGGAGGGCGGGGGCCAGCCGACUUUACUACGAGAAACCAGUGGCCCGAAGCUGGCGCGCGAGUCGGUGCCGGGCGAGGUCAGCACCGGUGAUGUGGGGGCCAUCAAAGAGGGAUCGGUCGUGAACAGCAAGAAGCGGAAGUCGCCGAGCCCCAGUGUUAUUGUGGACCAAGCCAUCAGCGGAAGCGCUCUCGGCAGUGGCUACAUCAAUGUUCGCACGACGCUCAAAGAGCUUCCCCUGUUUGCGACCCUUCCCACCGACAUCCUGCAUUUUCUCGGCCUGAGCGCGCAGCCCAAGACCUAUCCCCCCUUUACCGAUAUUGUCCGCCAGGGCGCUCCCGGCAAUGACAUAUUCUUCAUUGUCCGUGGGGAGGCUGAGGUGGUGCAUGAAGCUCCAGCCGCCGCCUUCGAGAACAAGACAAGGUCAAGUUACGCCCGUCCACGAUUAAAAGAGGGGCAGUACUUUGGUGAGGUGGCGAGCCUUGGUUUGUCGCAAUGGAGGACAGCGACUGUACGGUCCGUUACGGACGUUGAGUGUCUCAUGAUCCCCGGAGACACCCUUGACGAACUAUGGAGGAGAUGCCCUCCUGAAAUCAAGUGCCAGGUAGAGAAGACCGCCAGGGAGCGGCUCCAUGCAGCGGAAGAAGAUGUCGAGAUGAAGGACCUGGACGUAGAUGCCGCGAAGCAAACCAGACUGAAGGAGCAGGCGCUGCCAGCGGUCGCCCGCUCAGCCUCAAGACCUCCGUCGCCAGUUACGGACGAGGCAGAUACGCGACGGCCAUCGGACCCGGACCCCUUUUUGAGUGUCGACAUGGAGAACCUUCGAAAUAGGCGGCGCAACUCGCUUGCUCCCCCACCACCGCAGUCGGACUGCAGUGUCAUUGUUAGCGGGAUCAAGGUGCCGUCAAAACCACCUACUCCUUCGCUCUUGUCGCCGGUAUCACUCGAUGAUUCCCCGUUACCCGCUAAACGUGCACGGAUCCUUGCACAGGAGGAGCCCGGAAUGGCCAGGAAAGAGCGACCAGAAUUUCCAGAUAUCGUCUGGAUUGCAGCAUUUCAGCAUCUAGAUCUCCUCGAACUGAUUCGGCUGAGGAUCGUCUGCCGCCACUGGCGCCAGCUGUUGACUAGAAGCCCCAAGCUUUGCACGCACGUCAACCUUGGCCCAUUCAACAAGAAGGUCACAGACUGGUCUCUGACCAACAUUUUGGCGCCGUUUAUCGGGCCGCGCCCGGUCGAGAUGGACAUCAGCAACUGCUUCCACAUCACCGACGAGGGGUUCCAGGCGCUCUGGAAAGCCUGCGGCAAGAACGUCAAGGUCUGGCGCAUGCGCAGCGUCUGGGACGUCUCAGCCACCCAAAUCCUCGAGAUGAGCGAGAGCGCCAAGGGGCUUGAGGAGGUGGACUGGAGCAACUGCCGCAAAGUAGCCGACAACCUCCUCGCGCGUGUCGUAGGCUGGGUCGUGCCCAAUCCGGCGCCUUCCCGUGAUGCUGCUGCCAACAAGAACGUCGUCAUCUCCAGCUCCACCGCCAAACCCCGUCGCUCCCAACAACAGCAACAGCAACAGCAACAGCAACAGCAACAGCAACAGCAACAGCAACAACAACAACGACCAGCCCAACCCGGCCCUCCUCCGAAUCAUCCUCCGCCGCCCGCCCCAGGCACCGUGAUCGGCUGCCCGCGUCUCCGCCGGCUGAACCUGUCGUACUGCAAGCACAUCACCGACCGGUCGAUGGCGCACCUAGCAGCGCACGCGUCGGCCCGGCUCCAGUCGCUGACGCUCACGCGGUGCACCAGCGUGACGGACGCCGGGUUCCAGGCCUGGGCGCCCUACCGCUUCGCCGAGCUGACCCACCUGUGCCUGGCCGACUGCACGUACCUGUCGGACAAGGCGGUCGUGGCGCUGGCCAGCGCCGCCAAGAACCUCACGCACCUCGACCUGUCCUUCUGCUGCGCGCUGUCCGACACGGCCACCGAGGUCGUCGCGCUCGGCCUGCCGAACCUGCGCGAGCUGCGCAUGGCCUUCUGCGGCAGCGCCGUGUCGGACGCGAGCCUGGGCUGUGUCGCGCUGCAUCUGAAUGAGCUGCGGGGCCUGAGCGUGAGGGGCUGUGUGAGGGUCACGGGCAACGGGGUCGAGAACGUGCUCGAGGGGUGCGGCAGGCUGGAGUGGCUGGACGUGAGCCAGUGUAAGAAUCUCGGCGGCUGGCUGGUCGGCGGCGGCGUGGGCAGGUGGGGGUUUGAUGAGCGGCAGGAGAGGCUGGGCGAAGAAGUGGGAUGGGCCAUCGCCGCUGCUGCUAGUCCCCCUCCUCCUCCUCCUCCUGCUGGUGGUGGUGGUGGUAGGGCGGCAGCGCUGGGCCCGGCCCCCGUGCUGCGGCCGGUCAUACCGCCGAGGGGCGCGCCGGCGGGGAGGAAGAGGAAGCCGGUAAGGUUUGUGGUGGAGAAAGGGCCCGGUGGGUUGAGGUGACGAUACACAAGAAAAUGUGUGUCUCUGUGUCUCUGCUGGUUCAGCGCAAUUUUUUGUAUGAUGAAAGGUUGACGACUUGGGCAUCUGUUGGCAUUUGUUAAAACAGGAUGGGAAGUGUU